AAAGAUUAGCGAAAAUGGCGUCUGGUGCGUUGUUUGGGAGUUCGGCUUCCCGUUCUCAAAGCAAGAAUCUAGUGGAAUUCCGAGCUGGAAAAAUGUCCCAAAAGGGAAAAAUGGUCCAUCCAGACAAAAGAAAAGGGUCAGUGUACGUUUACCAAUCGGACGACUCACUUAUCCACUUUUGUUGGAAGGAUAGGACAACUGGCAUCGUAGAAGAUGACCUCAUUAUUUUCCCUGAUGACUGUGAGUUUAGGCAUGUGUCACAGUGUACAACUGGUCGUGUGUACGUCCUCAGGUUCAAGAACUCUAGCCGAAAAUUGUUCUUUUGGCUACAGGAACCUAAAGCUGACAAAGAUGAGGAAAACUGCAAGAAGCUCAAUGACUUCAUCAACAAUCCACCAUCUGGUUCCAGUCGCAGCGGUGCUGGCUUUGGUUCUGAACUUGGCUCUGCACUCGGCGACAAUGACUUGCAGAGCUUCCUGGGUGGCAUGAGUCAGCAGCAACUAAUGCAGCUCCUUGGCGGAAUGGGAGGUCUUGGGGCCUUGACCGGUCCAGGCAGCGGAAGUGGGAGCAGUGGCCGGCAGAGCUCGGCCACUUCCCAGUCAUCUACCACUACUGCUUCUACCACAGCAGCUACGACUGCUGCUCCCACUACUUCUACAACGGCAAGCACAGCAGCACAAGAAACAACAGCAGCGGCCUCUACAACCAAUGACACCACCACCACCACCGCAUCCAACUCAGCGUCAGCCACUGCUACGGUGGUCACCACGACCACGACCACAUCUUCAUCGUCAUCAUCUUCAGCCGAGGCCGCGCCAAUCCAGUUGAGUGACCUGCAGAACAUUCUUGCAGGCAUACAAGUUCCCCUGAUGCCAGAGAGAACAAAUGUAGAUCUGAGCUCUACCAUGACUGCAGAAUCAAUGGGUCUCAUCCUGAGUGACCCAGGAUUUCAGAGACAGCUCAUGCCACUGAUGCCACAUGGUUCUGAACUUCCACAAACCAUUGAUGAACUUCGUCGUACCAUCCAGUCUCCACAAUUUCAGCAGGCUCUGAGUACAUUUAGUGUUGCUCUGCAAUCUGGACAGUUGGGACCACUGAUGUCUCAGUUUCAGUUAGGUGAAUCAGUUACUACUGCUGCUGCUCAGGGAGAUGUCGAGGCAUUUGUACGAGCCCUGCAAGCUACACAGGGAGGAGUUGGCUCCAAGGAAGAUAAAAGUGAGGAAAAAAAGGAAUCGGACUCUUCUAAAAAGAAGGAUGAUGACUCUGAUGAUGAAAUGGCAUUGGAUUAAAUUCCAUGGUGUCAUGUAUAACUGUCUAAGAGAAUAUGUAAUCAGUCUUAUUUCAAGUUUUCUUUUAAUGAAGCAACAGCAAUGUAUUCUGUUUCAACUUGCCAAAAUUGUGGCUAUACAUAUGCAUGUUUUCACAUGUUGAGAGGGCAAAACUGAGCUAUAGGAUUCUGUGCUUAGUCUUCCCGAAUGUCAUAGUUUUUACUGGAUAUUUAUCUGUUGGCCUUUUCAAUGUAAUGCCAUGCAUUGUGCUUCAUGUUUUGGCUUUGUUCGUAAUAACUAUGUCAAAGAGUCUAUCUAAGGAUUGGUAUCAUUGUUUCUAGUUCCAGUUCUAUAACAUCGAAAUAAGCUCAAGUAAAUCUCUUUCCUUCAGUUUGCACUAUUCACUCUUAAAACAUUAGUUUCAAAGUAGUUAGUGUUAUCUCGAUAUGCUCCAAGUAAUUUUAAUGAUACUCAUCUCUCAUGUCAGGAUGAAUUGAUUUAAAAGCAAAAAGUGUUUAGGAAUAGUGCAUAAUGGAAUGUGUAAGGAUGCAUGCAAGUCAAGGCAGUAUAUUUUCUUGUUUUAAUUGAUUUAUGCAUCCAUAGCAGUUGCGCUAUAGGCAACUGUUUUUGGUGCGUGAUUGGUGUGUUGAUAUCUGAUGUUUGCCACUGCUAAAUUAAGUAUAUUCACGAGUUUACCUAUAUUAAGAAAUAAAAACUCUUAAGACUGUUUAAAGAGAUGUA